AUUUAUAAGAUAUUAAAUCAAGAGAGCAAUCAUGAGAUUUAUGACAAGAGUUAUUAUUACAACAGUACUUAUGUUACUUGUAGCGGUGUGGUAUAAGGCUAGAAGGGCAGACAGAUUUAAAAUCACACCUUACACAAAAUCUGCCAUGGAUUCUUUCAGGAAGAGCAUUGAUUUGAAGUGUAAUCACAAGCACAACAUCGACUUCAAACCGAUCAACACUACGAAGACUUUAUUUACUCAAAAUGGUUUAAACUUCACUAUCUGUCAAACUCUUGAAAAACCAAAAAUGAGUGUUCAUCAUUCCUACAAUUUUAGAAAAGAUUUCUCAAAGAAGACAGAUCCCUUUAUGGGAGAUAUUCCAGAAGGCUUGGUAAUCGCUCAUAGCUUCAAUGAGAAACAUAUGCUUCUUCUAAAUAAAUAUGCUAUUCUACCGAAGAUGUUGCUCAUAGUGGCAAAAGGCAGCCAUUUUGAGACACAAAAUGUACCGCUUGAUUUCUACGAUAUGGAAGGAGUGACUCUAGCCAUGAGAAUUGUCAAAAAUCCUGUUAUAUUCUUCAAUUGAGGGCAGUCUGCUGGGGCUUCCCAGCCUCACAAGCACAUUCAAGUGAUCCCAAUAGAAUCAUUUGAUGAAGCUCAUGGGUGUCAUCUACAUAAAAGAGUCAUUGAGUUCAGAGAGAAUGCUAAAGUCUCAGAAGGAAAGCACAAAUUGCCAGAAUUCAAUUUCAAACAUGAGCUGAGGUUUUUAGAUGAAGACUUGACUAACCAGCUUUCAGACUUAAACGCUAACCAGAGAGAUGUGACUAAAAACUUACUCAGAAUUUACAAAGACAUACUUAAAAGCCUUGGGAUUCAUCCAGAAAAGCCUCAGUAUGGGUUUAAUUUUAUUGUCACAAAAACAUACAUGCUGGUAAUUGCUAGAAGCACAUUUGCUCAUACUAACAUGAGAGAGGAUAAAGAUCUUCCACCCUACAGGCCUAACUCCAUGGCUUUCCUUGGGCAAUUCUACAGUAGGACAGAUGAACAAUCAAAUAAUUUUGUCAAGGAAGGGUUUAUGAACAUUCUAGAGAAAUGCAGUGUGAAGGAGCACAGCUCUUUCUCAUUGGAUCAAGGUUCUGCUGAAAAAUAAGUUGAUACAUUUAGUUGUUAAAUUCAAGUUCCAGCAGUGCUCGUAAUUUAU